AUGCUGAUCGUAUCCAGGGCAAAACUCGCAGAUGACCCCCAGAUCCAACAUGCGUCCCUGCAUAACCCUCUCCCACUCCAACUGCAUACCUACGCUUGGCCGUUCUUGAUCAUUUGGCCCAUCUUCUUCGCCUUCUACCUGUCCCCCGAGCGCUAUGAUACCUACAUUCAGGGUCAGGAGUGGACCUUCGUUUUCGCGGGGUCCAUCAUCACGGCCCAGUCGCUCCUGUGGUUGAUGACCAAGUGGAACAUCAACAUCAACACCCUCUUCACUUCUACCCGUGCCAAGUCCGUCGACACUGCUCAACUGAUCAAGAUUAUCCCCAUCACCAACGCUGGCUCCGCCGAGAUUUGCCCACUCCUUCGCGACAACUCCGGUGGCAAGAAGACCAUCUCGUUCCUGUUCCAGAAGCGUCGGUUCCUUUUCUAUCCCGAUACUGGCUCCUUCGCGCCGCUGUCCUACGCCCUCGAUGCGGAGCCUAAGCCAGCCCUCAAGGAAUUCCAGCAGACCAAGGGUCUCUCCACCAAGGCCGAAAUUGACCGCGUGCAACACCACUAUGGCGACAACACCUUCGAUAUCCCCGUUCCUACCUUUGUCGAGCUCUUUCAGGAGCAUGCCGUGGCUCCAUUCUUCGUGUUCCAGGUGUUCUGUGUUGGACUGUGGAUGUUGGAUGAAUACUGGUACUACUCGCUCUUCACACUCUUCAUGCUGGUCGCCUUCGAAAGCACUGUCGUUUGGCAGCGCCAGAGGACUCUUAACGAGUUCCGCGGAAUGAACAUCAAGCCCUACGAUGUGUGGGUCUACCGCGAGAACAAGUGGCAGGAAAUUACUAGUGACAAGCUACUCCCCGGUGAUCUGAUGUCCGUCAACCGUACCAAGGAAGAUGGCGGUGUCGCUUGCGAUAUCCUUCUGAUCGAGGGAAGUGUGAUCGUGAACGAGGCCAUGCUUUCUGGAGAGAGCACCCCGCUUCUCAAGGAAUCGGUUCAGCUCCGACCUGGCGAGGACUUGAUCGAGCCCGAAGGAUUGGACAAGAAUUCGUUCGUGCACGGAGGUACCAAGGUUCUCCAGAUUACUCACCCCAACUCUAAUGGCGAAGACAUCUCUAAGAGCUUGCCAAAUGGUGUUACUUCUCCUCCCGACAAUGGCGCCGUGGGUGUGGUUGUGAAGACCGGCUUCGAGACCAGCCAGGGUAGCCUGGUGCGGACCAUGAUCUACUCCACUGAGCGUGUUUCUGCCAACAACGCCGAGGCUCUCCUGUUCAUUCUCUUCCUCCUGAUUUUCGCAAUUGCUGCCUCGUGGUACGUCUGGCAGGAGGGCGUGCAGAAGGAUCGCAAGCGUUCCAAGUUGCUUUUGGACUGUGUUCUCAUCAUCACGAGUGUUGUUCCUCCCGAGCUUCCCAUGGAGCUGAGUCUUGCUGUCAACACCAGUCUCGCCGCUCUCAGCAAGUUUGCCAUUUUCUGCACCGAGCCUUUCCGCAUUCCGUUCGCUGGCCGCGUUGAUAUUGCCUGCUUUGAUAAGACUGGUACCCUGACUGGAGAAGACCUGGUUGUCGAUGGCAUUGCUGGACUCACUUUGGGUCAGGCCGGUGCUACCGUUGAAGCCGAUGGUGCCCACACGGAUCUGUCCAAGGCAUCGGCCAUUACCGCCGACACCACUCUUGUUCUCGCUAGUGCUCACGCCCUGGUGAAGCUGGACGAGGGCGAAGUCGUUGGCGACCCAAUGGAGAAGGCUACUUUGCAGUGGCUUGGCUGGACUCUCGGCAGGAACGACACCCUUACUUGCAAGGGUUCCGCACCAGUUAUUGGUUCUCGUCCCGUUGAGUCUGUUCACGUUAAGAGAAGAUUCCAGUUCUCUUCCGCCCUGAAGCGCCAGAGUACUAUCGCCACCGUUACCUCGUUUGAGCCCAAGACCUCCAAGAAGAGCAAGUCCACUUUUGUUGGUGUCAAGGGUGCUCCCGAGACUAUCCAGACCAUGCUUGUCAACACUCCUCCCAACUACGAGGAGACGUUCAAGUACUUCACCCGGAACGGUGCUCGUGUCCUCGCUCUUGCGUACAAGUAUCUCUCCACCGAAUCUGAGCUUUCUCAAGGCCGCGUGAACAACUUUGUUCGUGAGGAAAUUGAGUCUGAGCUGAUCUUCGCCGGUUUCCUGGUCCUGCAAUGCCCUCUCAAGGAGGAUGCCAUCAAGUCUGUCCGCAUGCUGAACGAAAGCAGCCACCGUGUCGUCAUGAUCACUGGUGACAACCCGUUGACUGCCGUCCACGUCGCCCGUCAAGUUGAGAUUGUGGACCGAGAGGUUGUUAUUCUCGAUGCCCCUGAGCAUGACAACUCUGGAACUAGACUUGUCUGGCGUACUAUUGACGACAAGUUGAACACUGACGUUGACCCGACCCAGCCUCUGGACCCGGAAAUUCUCAAGAACAAGGAUAUCUGUGUUACUGGUUACGCUUUGGCCAAGUUCAAGGACCAGAAGGCUCUCCCUGACUUGCUUCGCCACACCUGGGUUUACGCCCGUGUGUCCCCUAAGCAGAAAGAAGAGAUUCUUCUCGGUCUCAAGGAUGCUGGCUACACUACUCUCAUGUGCGGUGACGGUACCAAUGAUGUUGGUGCUCUUAAGCAGGCCCACGUCGGUGUUGCUCUUCUGAACGGUUCGCCCGAGGAUUUGACUAAGAUCGCCGAUCACUACCGGACCACCAAGAUGAAGGAGCUGUACGAGAAGCAGGUUGGCAUGAUGCAAAGAUUCAACCAGCCUGCUCCCCCAGUGCCCGUGCACAUUGCCCACCUUUACCCCCCUGGACCUACCAACCCCCACUACCAGAAGGCUAUUGAGAGAGAGAUCCAGAAGAAGGGUGCUGCCGCCGUCGCUGCUGCCGCCGCCGCCAAGCCUGGUGAAGAGAUCCCGACCAUCACCUCGCCUGGCGCUCAAGCUCUACAGCAAGCAAAUGCCAAUCUGACCCCCCAGCAACAGCGCCAGCAGCAGGCCCAGGCUGCCGCUGCCGGUCUUGCUGAUCGACUUACCUCAUCUAUGUUGGAGGCGGAGUUGGAUGAUAGCGAGCCGCCUACCAUUAAGCUGGGUGACGCCUCUUGUGCUGCGCCUUUCACCAGCAAGCUGGCCAACGUUAUCGCUAUUCCGAACAUUAUCCGCCAGGGUCGUUGCACUUUGGUCGCCACGAUCCAGAUGUACAAGAUUCUUGCUUUGAACUGCUUGAUUAGUGCCUACAGUUUGAGUGUCAUCUACCUUGAUGGUAUCAAGUUUGGUGAUGGUCAGGUCACUAUCAGCGGUAUGAUGAUGAGCGUUUGCUUUUUGUCUAUCUCUCGUGCAAAGUCUGUCGAGGGUCUCUCCAAGGAGCGUCCCCAGCCGAAUAUCUUCAACGUGUAUAUUAUUGGCUCCGUUCUUGGCCAGUUCGCCAUUCAUAUCGUGACUUUGAUUUACCUGACCCAAUAUGUCUACAAGAUUGAGCCGAGAGGAGACAACAUCGAUCUCGAGGGCGAGUUCGAGCCAUCCCUUUUGAACAGCGCCAUCUACCUGCUCCAGUUGAUCCAGCAAAUUUCGACGUUCUCCAUCAACUACCAGGGCCGUCCUUUCCGCGAGUCUAUUCGUGAGAACCGGGCUAUGUACUGGGGUCUGGUCGGUGCCACCGCCAUCGCAUUCUCCUGCGCCACCGAGUUCGUACCUGAGAUCAACGAGAAGCUGCGUCUGGUUCCCUUCAGCACUGAGUUUAAGGUUACACUCACUGUGCUGAUGAUCUUCGACUACGGCGGUUGCUGGCUAAUUGAGAAUGUUCUCAAGAACCUGUUCAGCGACUUCCGCCCUAAGGAUAUCGCCGUCCGCCGGCCCGAUCAGCUGAAGCGUGAGGCUGAACGCAAGGCCAAGGAGGCUGCCGAGGCUGAGGCUGAGAAGGAGCAGCAGCGGAAGGUCUAG